GAUGGAAGCCAACUGAGGGAAGGCCUGUGCAACAGCCUGCUGACCUCGACCCUGCACCUCGGGGACAUGUUGCAUCAGCUGACCCUGAACAUCGUCCAGAAGUGUCCGAAGAGCUCUGUCGUGUUCUUGUUGCACUGCUUCAGCGUGCUCUGCUGCUGCCUGGGACGUGGCAGCAGCCACCUCUGCUUGCCGCCGCUCGACCUGCAGGGCCAAGCUCUCGGUCUCCUCCUCUGCCAGCUGCGCGUGCUUUGCGGCCUUGGUGUGCAUGAGCUGCUCGAUCUCCACCAUCUCCUAUGGGUGCGAGCUGCAGCUUGCCUGCUGGGUUGCCAGCUGGUCCUGCAG